CUAAUCAGCUGUUCCCUGCACUGCUUGUUGUAGCUACUGUCACCAUGGGCAGGGACUGGGAGCUGUCAGAGAGGGACUUUCAAAUAGGAGUAAAUCAAACCCUUUGGAAGGAUGCAGCUGUAACUCAGAUAGGACUGGUUAUAAUGGUGCAUCUGAAUGAACCAAUUUAGCCAUUGAGAUUACGCAGAUUUGGCAGCAGGAUGUCGUGUUUUGUGGGAGCCCCAGAGUUACUUAAUGAGGGUAACUCCGAAUAUAUCAGCUGGAGAAAUGAGAAUUCAGAUAGCAGCCUGGAUGAAGUGCUAACCUUUUCCCCAGACCUUGGCCUGUCACCGGUCACCUCUUUAUCUGGCAGCAUGAGACUUCUGAAUUGUGAGCACAGAAUCUCUCCAAGGCGAAGGCUGAAGCUGUCUCCCGAUUCUCAGAAUCCAAGCCCCACCGAGCCAAACAACCAGCCUCAGGCCUCCAUGGAAACAAAACAUUUUGCAGGUCUUCUGAAUUUAUCUACACCAAGGCCGGAUACAGACAUCAUUAAAUCAAGUGACUCAUCCUAUGGACCAAAGAUUCAGCCGAAAAAAACCACUAGAAGAGUACAGAUGAGACAACAUGAUGAAAAUGCAGCUCAACCAGGAAUACAAAAGAAAUCCCGAAUGAAGCUCUCAGACUUGUUUGAUAGCAUGGAACACAUUAAUGAGCAACCCAGGCAACAAUGUGAGAAAGCCAAAGUGAAGCAAUUAGCAAAGGGGGGCAACAACAAAAGAUACGGGAAGAAAGGACCAGAAAACAAGAGACCUUUUGUGAAUGGUAUUAGCCCUCAGUUUCAUGCAGCGCAGACUGAAGAUGAUCAUCUUAUUGGAGACUUUUCCAAAGCUUAUUGCUUACCUCUGGAGAGAGGAAAACAUCAGGAGCUUAAAUAUAUUAGCUGCACCACUCUUGCCCGGCUUCUCAGAGGAGGAUAUCAAGAUGUGGUACAGCAAUACCAAAUUGUGGAUUGUCGAUAUCCAUACGAAUAUGCUGGAGGGCACAUUAAGGGAGCCUACAAUUUAUACAAAGAAGAGCAUAUCUCAGACACAUUUCUGAAGAACGCCACUCAUCCCAAAAGCACAACCCUCCUGAUCUUCCACUGUGAAUUCUCUUCAGAGAGAGCUCCAAAACUGUGCCGCUUACUAAGAAACUUGGACAGAAAUGCAAACAGAUAUCCUCACCUGCACUAUCCAGAACUCUAUAUUUUAAAGGGAGGAUAUAAGGAAUUCUAUGAAAAAUUUAAGGGUUUCUGUGAACCACGGGGAUAUGUGAAUAUGUUACAUAAGGACUUUAGCGAUCAGCUAAGGCAAUACCAUCGGAAGAACAAAACAUGCCACAUUCGUACUGUCCGGAAAGAGCUGUUUAAGCCUCUGUAUUCAAACAAAUGUACUGUGUUAAAGAAAGAUCCAGCAAAAGACUAGGCGGGAAAUGAUAAGAAUCUUAUAGGGGCAAGAGAGGCUAGUGCUACAGUGCUGUAAAUGAAAGCUUACCUUAAAAAUACAUAUCUUCCAGUUAUAAAAUAUAUAGUAAAUAAUGUACCCCCUUUUGUAAAAUAUAAGGAUAUUAAGUUACAGAGGAGUUCCAUGACUAUAUAAAGGCACAAGGCUUAAGGCCAAGGGCUUUCAUACAGGUCAUGGCCCUCCGAGGUGACUUCUAAUAUCCUUAUAUUUUAUAAGAGCAGAGAGAAGUGGAUCAUUAUCUUCCUCAUGACAUGGGGUUGGUUGACAGCUCUGUAAGAGGUGGGGUACAAGUUUCAUAAGUCAUGUGAAAGAAAUUACAUAACUAAGCACCAAUUAUAACAGAAGCUGAAGGAUUCAUUUUUUUGCUGAAGUAAAUAAAGAGAAAAACAAAGGACCAAUAAAUAAUAAUGGCAGGGAAAAGGUUCUGGAAGUUUCAACUAGAAUAAUGCCGGCAAAGAGAGACCCAUAGUCCAGGGUAUGAAAAUCUCAUUUUGCUAAAUAUAAUUUACAGUUCUUUCAAUUUUCGCCAUUUACUGAUCAUAAGACUCUGUAUGAAUGAAUGAAUGCAGAACAAGGGAUUCUUACCAUAAAAUAUUUGAAAUCACACAAACUGUAAAUAUGACUUCUCCUGUCUGAAUGCCACCAUUAAUCAUAUAAAUAAUACCUUGGAUCAUAAUUGAAUAUUUGUUAAUGAGACUUAAAGGCACACAGGCCAGCAAUAAAAGGAAAAACACAACAA